UGAUAAUCAUUUCUGGUAUAUGUUAGAUGAGUCUUCUUUACUUUUUCUAAACACCUUCGUUUUUCAGUUAUUUUUGUCUUUUAAUCAAUAAUUAAACACCCUCCUUUGGGAAAGCCUGGUAUUGUUUUCAUCCGUUUGGACUAUUGGAAUAAUUCUUAUCAUUUUACGUUUUCUCUUCUUCUAUCACUUGUUUUUUUUUCCUUUUUUGAUGAGGAACUCUGAUCAUCAUCACGGCCUAUUUUUUCUGCUAGUUUUUAUUUCUUAUCAAUAACAAUAAGUAUUGUUCUAAGUCCAAAACUGAAAUUUUCUGUUCGGUUUGUUGGAAUAUAUAUGGAGGAGAAAUGAUGAUAACUUUCUUUUCCCUCCUUUUCAAUUGUUUUUGUUUUCGAGAAAAUUCAGCUUUUUUUUAUAUAUCUUUUCAUGUCCUUAAAUCACGGGGAAAGAGUCUUUCGGGAAAAUAGAAAAUAAGAUCAUUUGUGUGGAGAAUAAUUCUUGAAAAAGCGUUUCCUCACAACAACUAGAGACCCACUUUUUUGGGAUGAUAUAUGAGGCAUGUGGCCAUCUGGGUCCUUUUUUUCCUCAUUCCUUUGUUCCUUUUUAUGUUUUCACACAAUCAAAAUUUUGGGUUCUCUUUCCUAUCAAAAAGACUGUAUUGGGUUCUCUUCUCUUUGUACCAAUGACUCAACUAAUGAAUUGAAGGACACAAUCAACAUACAUGGAUGAGUAUUCCGGUAAAAGAGCUGUCAAUAGGCUUGUCUCUAAAAAGGGAUCUGGUCUUGUUUUGAGGGAAACUCCAAACAGAGACCGCAAUGCUCAGCUCUGCAGCCGACUGGGAUGUAGUGGAAGAUUGAACACUGUGAAAGGUGCUCAAAUUGAAAAGGCCAAGUCAUCAAGGCCUGCAUUCCACAGCACUUCAAGUGGGAAAGAGAUAAUUGGAAGUUCCUCUAGGUCUUGCAUUGCUGUUGGCAACACAAGAAAAUCCAUAACAGAACCUUGCAAAAAGCUAUCUUCUAAUUUGGAAACAGAUUCAUCUGAAACCAGUAGUGUUCAGGAUGAUCCUGAAGUUUCAGAGCUUGCUCCCCCACCUGGAAAGAUUCAAAGAGGGCUGCACCCUGAACCUAAAAACGCUGAGUCCAGUGUGGUCACCUUGAUGGAAGUUGGAAGCUCUGAUGUAGCAUCAAAUACAAGAUCGCGAAAGAGUUUCAAUCAGAGAUCUGGAUUGCGAAACCAAGAUUCCUUAGUUGGGUCUAAUGUUUCUUCGGGAUCUAAAAACACCAGCCAAGCAACACGGGCUAGCACAACCAGGAAUGGUUUAAGAAAUCUAAGAUGCAAUUCAAUAUCCGAUGUUGUCCCGUCCAGUUGUUCGUCAUCAGAUUCAAGCCUCAAUAGAAGAGAGACCAUAAAGAAAAGAAUUUCUGAAGGAGAAAGUAGCUCUGCUGCUAAGGGGAAGAAGAUGAAUGGGUCAUCAUCAGCGGGACAAAACUCCAAUUCUAGCCAUGGCAUCUCAAUUUCUGAUUCAAGAAGAGCUAGGAAUAUGCCUUCUAACAAGGAUAAUGGUGCUGCAUCAGUUAGGACUCGGCGAACUGUCACUGGUCACUUGAGGGGAAGGCUUUCUAAUCAAGGGAGUGGGAACAAUUUAUCAGCCAAUGGAUCCCCUGUAGUUGGCCCACAGACAUCUCAACCUGAAAUGUCUAUCAACUUGAAUUCUCCUAGUUCAUUACAACAGUUAUCCCAUGAAGCUCCUUUAAUUCGGCCAAAUUCUUAUAGUCGGCCAGGUAGUAGCAGUGGGAAUUUACAUAGCAUUAUGCGAGCUGGUGCUGCAGAUGUUGGCUUUUCCCGCUCUCUAAUGAAUCAGGAUGGACUGCGACGCUACAACAUGGAUGGGAUUGCGGAGGUAUUGCUGGCGUUGGAGAGGAUUGAACAAGAUGAAGAGCUAUCAUUUGAGCAAAUACUUGUUCUGGAGACCAAUUUGUUCCUGAAUGGCCUAAACUUCUAUGAUCAGCACAGAGACAUGAGACUGGAUAUUGAUAACAUGUCAUAUGAGGAAUUAUUAGCUCUAGAAGAGAGGAUGGGUACUGUCAGCACAGCAUUGCCAGAAGAAGCAUUGUCAGAUUGCCUUAAGAAAAGCACUUAUCAGUUUACACCUCUAGAAGAAUCAUCCAUAGAAUGUGAUGGGAAAAAGGAUGAUGUCAAAUGCAGUAUCUGCCAGGAAGAGUAUGUUGCUGGAGAUGAAGUUGGAAGGUUACAUUGCGAGCACAGUUUUCAUGUUAACUGUGUAAACCAGUGGCUACGGCUUAAGAAUUGGUGCCCUAUAUGCAAGACAGCGGCAGCACCCUCGAAACCUCCACCCUCCACAUAAAUUUAAUUAUUAAGUCAUUUGGAGGAGAGACCUUUCUCAUUGUACAAAACUUGCGUCUCUUCCUUUUCUUUUAGCUCUUACCCUUUUCCAUGUACAUACCAAUUCUCUUUCAUCCCAUUCAACUAAUAAAUCCAAGCUGUUGGUGUUACAGCGGGAAUCUGCAUUCA